AUGUCAACCCAGAACGAUAAGAACAUUGACUGCAAUACAGACAAGGAAGGCGGAGACGUCUACUUUGACGUGUAUGCAAACGAGGAGAGCCUCGGAAGAAUCGUGAUGAAGCUCUUUGACGACGUUGUUCCAAUAACUGCAAGGAACUUUAGAGAGCUCUGCAGGAGGCCUAAGGAAGAGGGAUAUAAGGGAUCCACUUUCCACAGGAUAAUUCCCGGGUUUAUGAUCCAAGGCGGAGACUACACUGCACAUAACGGAACCGGAGGAAGGAGCAUCUAUGGAGACCGAUUCGAUGAUGAAAACUUCAAGCUAAACCACUCGAAGGAGGGCAUUCUUUCCAUGGCAAACUGUGGAAAGAACACAAAUGGAUCUCAGUUUUUCAUAACUCUUGAGAAGACACCAUGGCUUGAUCGAAAGCACGUUGUCUUUGGCGAGGUGGUUGAAGGGAUGAGUGUUGUGCACAAAAUAGCCAAGUACGGAAGCCAAAGUGGCAAAGUAGCAGGAGGAUACAGAAUCGAAAUAAGAGACUGUGGCGUCCUCGAAAAUAAUUAA